AUCCAGCUGUUGUUUAGUGUAUUAUACGAGUAUAAUGUCGGUGAGUCUUAAAAGUGUUCUAAUCAGUGAUGAAGUUGAUUCUAAAUGCGCCGAGUUAUUAAGGAAAUAUAAAGUUAAUGUAGUAACAAAAUAUAAACUAAAAAAUGAUGAACUUAUUGAAGAACUUAAGAAUCAUGAUGGCUGGAUCGUACGUUCAGAAACUAAAGUUACAGAUGAUAUAAUAGCUACAACAUCAAAGCUUAGGAUUAUUGGCCGUGCUGGUACUGGUGUUGAUAACAUUGAUAUAUUGGCAGCCACUCGUAAAGGAAUAAUAGUGAUGAACUCACCCGGUGGUAACAGUAUUAGUGCUUGUGAAUUAACAUGCGUGAUGAUUUCGGCCUUGGCGCGGCACGUAAUGAAGGCUAGUCAGUCUUUGAAAGACGGCAAUUGGGACCGCAAACUGUUCGCGGGUAGUGAACUCUUCGGUAAAGUUCUUGGUAUCAUUGGCUUUGGUCGCAUCGGUCGUGAAGUCGCCCGUAGAAUGCAAUCCUAUGGCAUGAAGGUCAUAGUUUUUGACCCAUUUCUCACUUCUGAGCAGGCUGCUGAAUUCAAUGUCACUCUGCAUAAUUUGGAUGUUAUAUGGGUUACCGCCGAUUUCAUUACUGUGCAUACGCCUCUUAAUGUGCAGACCAAGAAUUUGAUAAAUUCUGAGACUUUAAAAAUGUGCAAAAAAGGCAUUUAUAUUAUAAAUGUAGCACGAGGUGGUAUUGUAGACGAAAAAGCACUUUUGGAAUCAAUUAAAGCAGGUCAUUGUGCUGGUGCAGCUUUGGACGUUUUCACCGAAGAGCCUCCAAAAAAUCCAAUUAUUCUUGAACUUAUUAAGCAUCCCAAUGUUAUUGCGACACCCCAUCUUGGAGCUAGUACAGUUGAAGCGCAGAUACGUGUUGGCACUGAAAUAGCCGAACAGUUUCUGUCAAUUUCUGGUUUAGCUGCAGAGUAUCCUAUCACUGGAAUUGUUAAUGCUCCGGCGAUAAAAGCAGCUAUCAAACCAGAAAAUAAACCUUGGAUAGAAUUAGGAAUUCGAUUAGGAAAAAUACUUAGUAAAUUGGUGAAUGCUAAAUCUCAUAUUACGAUUGAAAACAGUAUUCAUGGUUUGGAUGACAUAAAUGAAUCUUUCUUUAAUAUUGCAAUUCAAGCUGGCUUCCUACUUAAUAUUUAUGAAAAUGUGAAUCUUGUAAAUGCUUCGGUUCUUGCUAAAGAAUGUAACAUUCAAAUCAACACACUUCUCAAGUAUUCUUCUUGCAAUAUUAUUUCCCUCAAAGCUGGUGAUCAUUUAAUUACAGGCACAAUACGUGGAGACAGAGCUGUUUUGUUAUCGAUCAAUGAUUCGAUUUUUUCCAGUGAAGUUUGUCUACCGGAGCAUACAUCACUUUAUUUAACGCAUGAACUUGAAAAUCUAUCAGAAAUUCUUAAUACUCAUAGGCUGCACAAAGUGACUGUAAACAGUAUAAAUCUUUCAAAUAAGUGGGUUCUUGUUCACACAAACAAACCACAAACUCUCCCUGUAAAUGGCAUAAAGUAUUAUUAAAUUCGUUUUAAACAUUUGUAUGUAAACGCAUUUUGAAUACA